ACGUGGAGGUGCAUGCGUAAGAGAGAGAGUAUGUGUGACAGUAUUAUUGGGCGGAAAUGGUGGGCGUGCUGCAGCAUCUAUGUAUGAAAAGCAUGUGCCAGAGCGCAGAGAGCCACAAGAAGCAGUUUUACGCACAGCAACACUUGUCAUUCUUGGUGCAUAUUUGUCCCUCUAAAAGACGACAUGUUGCUGCUGAGGACUGUAGCUCCCUGCUUGCUGCUGUCUUUCCUCGGGCAGCAGGUCUCUCUCUGCUCCGGUGCGCGAUCAGCGGACAAGCAGACCGGCAAAGCGCAGCGGAGCGACAACAACGGCGCAGCGUCCGGCCGAGGGAAGUUCUCCACCAGGGACAAGAUGCAGUGCACGUGGAGCGCGACAGUCGUAGGGGAUGCGGUGAAGCUGCCGGUCAGGUGCGAGAACCUGGAGGCGCGCAUCAAAGGCGGGGUCACAGAUCUGCAAUGUGAGUACAACGCCAAACCGGCGACGUGUCCCGGUUACCUGUCCGACCCCCGGGGCUUCUGGAAGCAGGUGGCCCGCGCGUUCAAGAGGCUCCAGAGUAAAGUGUGCAGGGACGAGCGCGCGCUGGUGAGGGCCGGGAUGUGCAAGCGCGCUCCAAAGGACGCGCACUUCAAGCUGGACAUAUCAACCUCCGUGGUCGCCGCUCAGUCCGGAGGACCGGAGCCUGCCCCGCCGCGGCCACCCCGCCCCACCCUCCCCACCACCACCGGCAACGGCACCGGGCCCACAUCCUGCACGAAGCGCGCGGACCACCACAAAACGGCCGUAGAGUACUGCAGCAGCUCGUGGGCGAGUGUGUGUUCCUUCUUCCUGUCUAUGCUCCAAAGCGAGGACUGCUAGCGGACAUGUGGACACAUCAGACUGAAAGCAGGACUUAGUGUCUGUUAAACUGUGGUGACACAGCAAAGGUCCACACAUCAUUUUUAAUCAGUAAUAAUCAGAGAUUCUCUCCUCAGUGUGCAUUUUCUAGCCGUGAACAGAAUGAUUUUCAGUUUUCACAGUCACCAGUAUUAGGGCGAGUAUUGUUAAAACGGGACACCUGGCAAACUGGGACAGUGAACAGACACACAACUGUUUCAGGUAGGUUGUUGUAUUUUCAUUCUGUGGUCAUUCAAAGACAAUAAAAUGUUGACAUGGCUUAUCUUCCUAAAUUUCUCUUAUUUUUUUUAUGUCAAAAUAUAUAGUGGUCAUUUUGCCAUCUGUAGAAAAAUGGUUUCAGGAAAUUGUGUUUCAGAUGGUGUCCUCAAUUGUGUGUUUGAUUUUCUUAACCUUGUCUUCUUGUAUAUUGUAGUAAGUGUGUUUUUGUUUAGAGAAUUGUAUUAAGUUGUGAGAAGGAGCUUUGGAAUGAUUCUGUAAAUGUGUCCCAUUUUACCAAUACUCACACUACAUGUUCAAUAUUACUCAGGUGUGUUUAUUUAUCAGGGGUUUGUCUGAAUGUGACUCAGCAAAUCUGAACUGAAGCUAUUGAUAAUUUUCUUUUAAACACAGUAAUUUAUCAGCACUAGAGGGAAGUAACACUUUCUCAAGCACUGUGUUAACAGUUUUUGAGCUGCUUAUACUUCACUUGAGCAUAUCGGUUCUAUUUUAUCUGUUUUUCAGCAGUAAUAAUGUAGACUGUCUUCCACUAUGUGUAUCUGACAGCUGCAGUUGCUGCUCAGAAGAUUUCUUUUUAGAUUAAUACAUCAAUUCAAAAUACAUGAUCAAAUUAUAAAAUGACUUACUGAAACACAGUGAGGUAGACUUAACUAGCUCCAGGUGCAAAUGUCAUUCUUAAAGUAGCUUGUUGCUAAAUUCUCCAUACAUUUUGCUCAGAUAAAUUUGAUUUUGAACAUUUAAUUUUGACUAUUCAAAUUUACAAUUGAUAGACAUUGAAGCAAAAAAAAAAAUGGGUAAAACUAAAGAUACACAAGUGAACAAUUUUAUGUGAUCUGGACAACUUUGAACUGUAUCAGCUAGUUUUAAUUCUUAGAUGUGAGAAGAGUACUAAUAUUAACACUGUAAAUAGUACACAUCUUGAUGCUUUUACUUGUGAAGGAGUAUUUCAAGAUUACACUACAACUAUUAUUCCACUGAUGUGUAUUACACAGAGCUGAUUAUCAUGCAGAGUGGUAUAUCCUCUACCUCUAGUCAUUUAUCAGUCAGUCACCAAAAGCACCAUUGCAGUUAGGCAUCACAAAUAAAUAUUUUCUAUUUUUA